UAAUAAGCCGAGACGCAAUCCUCGCGAGACUCCUAACCUGUAGGAGCGUAUAAAGUUUCUCGUGGAUGUCAACACUAUCGUCAUCAUCAGUGGAAAUGGCGACGAAGCUUAUGCAAGCGAUUCAGUAUGAUAGCUAUGGCGGUGGCCCCGCCGGUUUGAAGCAUGUUGAGAUUCCAGUUCCUACUCCAAAUAAAAAUGAAGUUUUGCUGAAAGUGGAAGCAACUUGUCUGAACCCUGUUGAUUGGAAGAUUCAGAAGGGGGCGACACGGCCUCUGUUACCACGAAAAUUUCCCUAUAUCCCUUGUACCGAUAUAGCUGGAGAGAUAGUAGAGGUUGGACCACAAGUCAAAGAUUUCAAAGUUGGUGACAAAGUUGUUGCUAAACUCGCUCACGAUCGUGGGGGUGGACUAGCUGAGUUUGCUGUGGCUAGUGAGAACUUGACAGCUUCAAGACCACCUGAAGUCUCAGCUGCUGAAGCUGCAGCGUUACCCGUGGCUGCACUCACAGCUCACCAGUCCCUCACUGAAGUUGCCGGAGUCAAGCUUGAUGGAACUGGCGAACAAAAGAACAUCUUGGUAACUGCAGCCUCUGGUGGCGUGGGUCACUGUGCAGUUCAACUGGCAAAGCUAGGAAACACAUAUGUAACUGCCACCUGUGGGGCCCGCAACAUUGACUUCGUCAAGAACUUAGGUGCUGAUGAGGUUCUUGACUAUAAGACUCCAGAAGGAGCUGCUCUAGAGAGUCCAUCUGGUCGAAAAUACGAUGCAGUGAUACAUUGCUCGACUGGAAUACCGUGGUCCACUUUUGAGCCUCAGUUGAGUGAUCAUGGGAAGGUAAUAGAUCUAACUCCUGGCUUGAGUUCAAUAGCGACUUUUGCUCUGAAGAAGCUCACAUUCUCUAAGAAGCAGCUGGUGCCGUUCUUGGUAUCAGCCAAGAAAGAGAACCUGAGUUAUCUGGUUCAAUUGGUGAAAGAUGGGAAGCUUAAAACUGUCAUUGACUCUCGUUUUCCUCUGGGUAAAGCUGAAGAUGCAUGGGCUAAGAGCAUCGAUGGCCAUGCUACUGGAAAAAUCAUUGUGGAGCCAUAGACAGAGUUGCUUGAAACUGCCGGAUCCUGUUGUGUGUGCAUACAUAUACAUAUGUACGUAUUGAGAACAGUAAAUAUGUAUUGUCGUGUUGAAAUGAAGAGCUUGAUAUAUCAGCAAGACGGAUGGUUUAAAGUUUUAAACACUGGUGGCUUUUGAACUUCAGUUCUGUAAAUUAUGAAUGUGUUUUAUGGUAAUGAUAUUCCAUACGUUUUAUAGAGGAUUGCGAUUGAACUUUUA